UAAUGAUUGCUGAUUUCAAAAAUAAAGAAACCUAUAUUUGCAUAUCACUUGACCAGUCGUCCUCUCAUAGCACUGAAUCUAUGGCUAAUGAUAAUAGCUUCGCUAUAAUGCUCAUGGCUUCUCAAGAUGACUCUCCAAAGAUGCUACCUAGUUUGAAAGAUGCUUUGAAAACAAAUUAUUUGCCAAUAGAAUUUGAUAAGGAACUAAGACCGACACUUCCUUUGCCUACCAAGUCAUGAAACAUAGCUGCGGCUCGAGAGGAAAGCAUUGUGGAUACAGACUUUCAGACCCUCCCUCCACUGUCAAUUCCUCCUUUCUUCCAAGGAAAUGCAUUGAGCUUUGAAAACCUGAGCAUGGUUGAGCUAGAGCAUCAUUUAAAGAAGGAGAACAUUCCUGAUACCCAAGGAGAAAGAGCUUUGACCCUACACAGAGAGAUGUUUGAACAUAACAUGAUGAAAUACACAAGUAUUUACAAAAUUAUCUACGAAUAUGUCCUUCCCAAAUGGACACAAUACUUGUUCCUCAAGAACAGGAGGAAGGAUACAUGCACUGUGAAGAGGAGAGCUGAUACCUACAAAAAGAAGAUCGUCCGAGAUCUCAGAGAGUUCUACAGGAUCCUCUUCAGGAGAAGAUUCCAUUUGUCUGAGUACAAAACUUUAGAAGGAAUCAAAUCUUGCAUGAAAACACUCUUCACAGAGCUUGGAUUCAAUCUGAAUGAUGAAGAUGUAUGAGAUUAUCACUUAUUCAGAUAUCUUCACCAGACUCAUAAGAGUACUUCUCAGAAGAACUUGGAAGGGUUCACCCUCAGAGGUGACUCUCCUUUCAGGUCAGUUGAAAAAUACAAUGAUACAAGGUACAAUGAUUUCUUGACCCAUACUUUGGGAAGCCAAAUCUUUUACUUUGUCUUUAAAAAUUUUCGACGGGAGUACUUGCCAAGUGUGAAGUCUGAGGUGAGGCCAACCAUUGUUAAAAUGAUCAACAAAAUACUAUCUUAUUAUGAUGGUAAGAGAGAGAUAAGUGGCCUGAAGCACGCUAAAACUUCGUUCUAAUUCUUUUAAUAGUUUUCAACCUAA